UUACAGAUACUGUAAAAACAAGCCUUACCCCAAGUCCCGCUUCUGUCGGGGUGUCCCAGAUCCCAAGAUCCGGAUUUUCGAUCUGGGUCGUAAGAAGGCGAAGGUGGAUGAGUUCCCACUGUGUGGCCACAUGGUGUCUGAUGAGUAUGAGCAGCUGUCUUCAGAAGCUCUGGAAGCUGCCCGUAUUUGUGCCAACAAGUACAUGGUGAAGACCUGUGGUAAAGAUGGCUUCCACAUCCGGAUGCGCCUCCAUCCGUUCCAUGUGAUCCGCAUCAACAAGAUGUUGUCGUGUGCCGGCGCUGAUCGGCUGCAGACUGGGAUGCGAGGAGCCUUUGGCAAGCCCCAGGGCACAGUUGCCCGGGUGAACAUUGGGCAGGUUAUCAUGUCAGUAAGGACCAAGACCCAGCACAAGGAGCAUGUCAUUGAGGCCCUGCGCAGAGCCAAAUUCAAGUUUCCCGGUCGUCAGAAGAUCCACAUCUCGAAGAAGUGGGGUUUCACCAAGUUUAAUGCGGAGAAUUUUGACGACAUGGUGGCGGAGAAGCGACUGGUCCCUGAUGGGUGUGGGGUGAAGUAUGUGCCGGAGCGUGGACCCUUAAAUGUCUGGCGAGCCCUGCACGCAGUCUGAGCUCUCGCUUUUACCAUUAAAAGGAGUAUCUUGAUCCCCAGAA